CUUUCAUUGAUCGCCUUCGCCAAUUGUGCAUGGCCUUGCCGAUAACCGAAGGAUUCUUGGGCUGCGCAUGAAUUGGCGAACUGCGAUUUAUAUAGGCUGUUUUAUAACAGCUCGCAGAGGAUAACCAAUCAGAGCACCAGUACUAUCUAUUUGUAGAUCCAUUGACGAUUCCUUGUCAGGAUGUUAACGGCUGAGAUCUUCAAAGCCUCCCGGCGUAUCGUGAGAUUCAGACAGUAGUUGAUCAUGAUAUAUAAGUUCUAGCAGUCUUCGCUCGAAAGUUGCAAUUCUUCACCAACAAAACAGACAACUCUCGUUUUAUUACCCACAAUCGCUUCAUCAACACCUAAUCAAAUCGAUCAAAAUGCUCCGAAAAACCAGCACCUCAUUCUGGUUUGGUCUUUGCCUACUGUCGACCUUGGCUAGCACCGCUGCUGCUGGAGGUGCCGUGCUGAGGCGAGAUGACUUGCCCACACCUGUGACGGCGUCCGAAUCAACCGGAACUACCUGCGACAACCCUAACCAGACAACGGGCUACCCAGACUACAACUCUUUCUGCCAAUGCCCCCCUUAUAGCUCUGACUCCCCGGCAUUCGGAAACCCGUACCUCGGUCUAGUUCGAUGCGACACCAAGUGCACCCCCGCCGUCGCCUCUCAGACCUUGAUCCGACCGGAGAACGACAGUCUGGACUCCUGCAUGAAGGCUUGCACUGGGUCUUUCGAGAAGGCUAAGCGUGGCGAGCUGAGCGAGAGGCAGGACGGCGACUACUGGUUCUGCCACGGUGUGAACUUCGUUCAGGGAGAACUUUGCGAGUUUAUUGGAUCGCUCGGCUCCACUGAGUUUGUCGAAGGCGGAUCGGACUGCCUGUACAUCAACAGCCUCGACUCUUGAUUAAAUACCCACGGCACAAACGCUUGUGACCCUUAUAUUUCCAACUUAAUAACCGGAAGCUUAUAUGCCGGGUAGGCGGUGCCGUGUUGCUCCGUGAUCCGCCAAAGGAAGCGACUGUAUUUCAAGAUCGGGUAUAUUGUGGUUUAUUUGGGCAUCGCACUAUUUACAUAUCGGUGUUGGAGGUUAAAAUAGACUUGGCUACUUACCAUAGCUGAGAACAAUAUUAAUUUACACUCAUUACUUAUAAUCUGCACUUAUUUUACGAGCCUUGAAGCUCUUUUUAUC